AUGUCGGUUUCCCCCUGCGUCGCGAAACCUGCCAGCGGCGCCCUCAGCGAGUUCAUCGACCCACCGACGAAGGAGACUCUCGAAGACGCGCGCCGGACCCUGGCAAGCACGCGUACGUCGGUGGAAAGUCUUGCAACGAAGAUCGACCAAGCGGAGGCAGCUCUGGCGCAGCUCGUACGCGAGUCACGAUGUACCAUCGACGAGAUGCGCGCGGCGCGUGCAGAGCUCGAGUCGCGUGCUGAGCGAGCCCUCGCCUACCUCAGCCCACUCCGGCGACUCCCUCUGGAGCUACUACGGGAGAUAUUCCUUUGGGCGUUCGAAGAUCACCCGUGUGCUGCGUGGGUUCUCGCUGCGGUGUGCACUUCGUGGAGGAGGCUUGCGUUGAGGAUCCCGGUCAUUUGGUCCAAGAUACGCCUCCUCACGACGCAACACUCGUCAGCGGACACUAUACGACUAUGGCUUGAACGCUCGGGGGACAAUGUACCCCUCGACAUCGAGAUAUUCCUCCGUAUUGCCAAGCCGAAAGCUUCCAUCGAAUCGUCUUCUUCCAGACCACGGAGAACUCCCCCACCCCUUACACCAAUAGCCUCCGCUUGGAACGUGGUAUCCCACCCAGCACCACCGCACUAUAUUAUCGCGAAUCCACCCCCUUCCGCACCAGCAGGAAAUCUGACAAUCAUCAUGCCACCUUCACCAGCAGGUAACCAAGACAGCUGGGCCCCACACACCAGCAGCCACGACCGACCAGCCAAUGUCGUGUCAAGAGUGAGCAUGCACUGGGGGCAUAUUGCCUUCUUCUAUCUGGUCGAACAGAUGCAUCGCUGGGAACGAUUCGUUUUCCGUUUUGAUAAGCAGUUCACAUCUAUGGGAGCUUUGAAAUCCAUAAACGGUGAUGCACCUCUUUUGCGCGAGUUCGAGGUCUCGAGCGUAGAAGCAGCGUUCUUUGCAGAAUGGCCUUGGCUGCCCAAUGCAAGCGCCGAUUCGCCGGUCGUCCUGCCUAACCUGCGGACGCUGACCCUCCAACACACGCCAUUCAAGUGGUGUUCGCCGAUGCUCCGAAACCUCCACACACUCAAUCUCCGCGCGCUCCCAACCUCGCACCUGCCCCUGGACAGAAUUCUGCACAUUCUAUCCAACAAUAUCGAGCUUCAAUCCGUCGCCCUACAUUUCCAAGGUGUCCUCCCGGCCGUCCUGCCCCUGCAACCUCUCGCCCUCCCAGGCGUCACUUCCAUUUCGCUCGGGGGGCACUUCCUCCUUACGCACCUCCUCGACGCGCUCACCCUACCCGCUCUCGAGAGCCUGACGCUUGACAUCGAAGCGCGAGACCCACUUGAGGACGUGAUCUCCGCGUUACUGACGCGGUCGAACCGUCCACCCGUGCGGUCGCUCGCAAUCGCUUACGCAGCCUCGGGUUGA